UGUACCUCUAGAAAUCGCGCAAUCCUGAAAUGGCCUUCGACCUUUAGCUUUUGAUGCACUGUUCUCGAAGUACUCAAGAACCCACUGAUUUCGACGUAUUUAUGCCAUUAGUUUGACUUCACACUGGGGCUGAAUAGCUUGUUCAAGAUGCUAUCUAAUUUGGCUAAGAGAUUGGGCACGGCUUCAAGGCAGAAUUUGCCGAGAACUGUUGCAGUUGCAAGCAGACAGGUGAACACCGAUGUACAGUUAACUACAAAUCCGUUCAAGCUCCACAAGCUUGAGGAAGGUCCCAAGAAAACGAGCAUGCUGACCAAGGAUGAAGCCCUGGACUACUACCACAAGAUGCAGACCAUCAGGAGGAUGGAGACGGCCGCAGCAACCCUCUACAAGUCCAAGGAGGUCAGAGGAUUCUGCCACUUGUAUUCAGGACAGGAAGCAUGUGCUGUAGGGAUCUCUUCAGUAUUGACUCCAGAUGAUGCAGUCAUCACAGCAUACAGGGCUCAUGGCUGGGCUUAUCUCAGGGGUGUGACCUUACACGGAGUGCUAGCAGAGCUUACAGGAAGGAGAACAGGGUGUGCUAAAGGUAAAGGAGGCUCCAUGCAUAUGUACUGUAAGAACUUCUACGGUGGAAACGGCAUCGUAGGGGCACAGGUUCCGCUCGGUGCAGGCAUUGCCUUAGCACUCAAAUACACGGACAAGAAGAAUGUGUGCAUCUCCCUCUACGGUGACGGAGCGGCCAAUCAGGGGCAGGUCUUUGAGGCCUAUAACAUUGCCAAGCUGUGGGAUCUACCCUGUAUCUUUGUAUGUGAGAACAACAAGUACGGCAUGGGAACGGCCGUUGAAAGGUCCGCUGCGUCCACAGAUUACUACACCAGGGGAGAUUACAUACCAGGCAUUUGGGUUGAUGGUAUGGAUGUUGUUGCUGUGAGGGAAGCUACUCGCUAUGCCAAGGACUACUGCACAUCAGGAAAGGGUCCUCUAGUCAUGGAGGUGGAGACGUACAGAUACCACGGCCACAGUAUGAGUGAUCCAGGAACCAGCUACAGGUCUAGGGAAGAGGUCCAGGAGAUUCGACAGAGCCAGGAUCCUAUCACCAAGCUCAAAGACACCAUCCUAAGCAACGAAUUAGCGGCAGAGGCUGAACUCAAGGCCAUCGAUGCGUCUGUCCGGUCAGCCGUUGACGAAGCCAUGACUAAGGCCAAGGCUGACCCCGAGCUACCAGUCUCUGAGACCUUCACCAACAUCUACGCCAACACCGCCCCCAUGAGGGUCCGAGGGGCUGAUGCCUUCUCCUACCACGACUCUUAAUGGAAUGGUCCAAGCUGCACCCAUUUAUGUGUAAUAACAGAUUCUUCCAUUUGUGGUCUAGGGAGGAUUUUGUGAUUUGUGGUGGAGGGAUGACAUCUUUCACUAAUUAUAAUCGGAACUGAUGACUUGCUAUGUAGCAUUUGAUAUGGGGAAGGUAGACAAUAUGUCUGCAUUGCCUACACACUAAUUGAAUGCUCCAAACUUGUCUAUAGUAUGUGGGUCAUAGAUGCACAUUUUCUUUGUGCGAUGAGAGAGAUAAAAUCUUUUUAUUCAAUAACAAUUCUAUAUAAUGCCAAAGGUAUAUAUAUGCAAGAAGGUGAUAAGUUUGUGUAUUUACUUGGCAUGUUGCAUUGGUGAAAAUUUUAUGAGUUUUUUAAUUCAGUUAUGUACUUUAUUUCAUGUGGAGAAAAGUAUAUGUAUUUUCAUUACAUCAUGGCAUACAACAUUAAAUCUGAAAAAGAAUUUAAACCAAAAAGAAAACAAGUGUUUCAUCAAAGGAAAUAGUUAAACAUGGCCUAUUUAUUCAAUAAGGUGGUGUACCGGUAAAUGAAAAAGUUGUCUAGAAUGAGAGGUUCAAGGAUAGAAAUUGAAAACAUUGGGAUGUUGAGCUUCAGUUAUUACAAUUCACCUUUUGUCCCUUCAUUGAGUUACAUGUAUGUUGCAAAUAUAAGUAUAUAGUUGUGUCGGUUUUCAGAGUUUUAUGUACAUGUACAUAUGCAGGAAUGCAUUUAUUCAGCUAGUGUAUUUGUAUGUACAUGAAAUAGCUUUAUGUGUUGGUGCUUGGUGUAAUCCAGUUACAAACUAUUCAUCUUGUUUUGCUUCGAUGUCAAAGAAAAGAGAGGGGGAAAAAAGAAGAUGGAAAAGUCUGUAACUUGUGUACUUAUAAUUUUUUUUUUUUUUAUUGCCAUGAGGAUGUGCUUAUCAGAUUGUUUUUAAUGUGUAUGUUUGUUUCAAUUGUAUGUUGGUUUUACCUGACUGCUAAGAGAGCAUGUGUGUGCUUGUCAGUAGGCCUAAGCAACCAUGGGACAGACAGCUUUAAGUCCUCUCCAAAGGGCUGGGGGGAUAGAAGGCUAUACAGUAGUGGGAACUCACAUUUGGACUUGCUCUUUAUAUACAUUUAUGUUUUUAUUUUUGUUGCUAUUGUUGUAUUACACCAGAGCCAUUAUGAAUAUGUGCUUCUUACUUCCUACUUUAUUGGAUGGAAAACUCUUGAGUUCUUUUUCUAACAGGGUUGCAUUGCUUGCGGUAUGUCAAUUGACACACCUAAAAACACGAAAAAUGAAAAUUGAAUUGCAGCACGGAUGCUACUUUUCUGGCAAUUAUAAGAGACUGGUUCUCUACCCUGUGGUCUGACUAUAACAGUGAGACCAUUUUGAGGUUGUAUUGUGUCAACGAAAGAUGCAAAAAAGUAGUAAUUAAAACUGUUCAUCUGGGACUAAAUCACGUCCUUAGGUAAGGGGUAAACUGAUAUUGAAAGUGAAGGAUAUGGGACUGUUCAGUCUGUAAAGAAUGGUUUACUGUACAAACAGAAACUUUUGUAACAUGAAACUUACAUUUUUCCUUAAAUUAAUUGAUUUGCAAGAAACAUUAGUGAAUUACCAAAAGUAUUUUGUGAUUCAUUCUUGUCAUAGCGUAGCAUGAAGCUUUUGCAAAUCUGGGCUGCUUGAAGAAUUUGUGACAGCUUGAUUUAUAUGAACGUUUCUUGGUCUACAGUAGCUUGUGUAGACAAUUCAGUGUGCUCUAGCUACCUGUACAAAUCAUUUAAAAUCAUUAAGUACAUUCUUUACACUCUCAACUAUUUCCGUAUACAAAGUACAGCCCAUCAGCCUUUGGUUUAAGAUCAUGUUCUUUGUAUUCAGGCUGAAAACGUUGAAUUACCAUUUUGCUUCCCUCCAUCGCGGUAGCUUUGUUUAUAUUUGGUUUUGUCCGUAAACUUGUGCAAAUGUAACAAAGUAUGUCAAAAGAGAAGAAGAAAAAAAAUUCCCCCAGUCAAAAUGACAAUCACUCAAGAAGAGUAAGAUACAUGAACAAGUUUUUGCACAAAACACCUUCUACGUGAAUAAAAAGAUUGUUUUUGACAGAGUGUGUGUAUAUUAAUAUAUCAACAUCAACAGGAAGUUGAAAUGUUGCUGAAUAAAAGAAAUUAUAUCAUGACA